UGUGUGUGUGUUUGUGGAGAAAUCUAGGAAGUAACGCACAACCGGGCCGACGAGGAGACGUUAAUCCUUGAUUUCUCAAAGAGACUGUGAAUUGUACGAGCAAUAACACCGACGAACUGCUGGGAAAAUUUUUUUUCAUCAUUUAAAACUGUGAAUAAGCGGUUUCUCGGCUCACCUUUUUUUUGGGAAGCUCAGGUGAAGAAACUUUUUUUUGGUCAAGUUGUGUGAUUGGAGUUCGUUAACGCUAACAGGAGGUGCAGCGAUCUUCCCCCUCUCUCCGCUGUCAGGGGUAUUUCGUCUUUUAAGGAUGAAAUUGGUGUUUUUUCUGGAAAGUGGAUGCUGUCAGAGGGUUGGGGCAGUGAGUUAUGCUGAAGCCUGCCUUUAAAUCUGUACAUCAGAAUGAGCGCUACAGAUGGAGCCAGGGGGUCUAAACAGGAUAGAGAGGCCCGUGUUGUGCAGAUAUUCCCCAAGCUGUCCCAGGACACACUAGCCUACUGUCCCUUGCAGGUCAGCAGUGGGGACACGGCAAAGUCCGUCAUCCGCAAUGCAGUGGUCUCUCUGGGCCUGGAUGUCAGACGGCAGUACAGUCUGCUGGAGGUCAGGGAGAGCGGCGGAGAGGAGAGGUUGCUGGAGGCUGGAGAAUGCCCUUUGGACCGAGUCCUGCUGUGGCCACCAGAGACACAGAGGUGGCACCCUAAGAGCCGUGGGUAUUACUUCAUACUGCAGCAGGCCAACAAAGGAGGUAACCAUGGAGAAACCAGCAGAGAGGACUAUGAUGACCUCUGUAACCUCCAAACUGUCACUGAGAAGAGUAUUCUUGAGGCUUUACGCCAACGCUUCUACAGUCUUAACAUCUACACCUACGCCAGCAACAUCCUCAUCGCCAUCAACCCCAAUAAGUUCCUUCCUGUUUACAAUCCCAAGUAUGUCAAGAUGUACGAGAACCAGCCACUGGGCAAACUAAGCCCUCAUAUAUUUGCCAUAGCUGACGUGGCCUUCCGUGCUAUGCUGAACAGGCAGGUUAACCAGUGCAUCGUGAUAUCUGGUGAAAGUGGCUCAGGAAAGACUGAAAGCAGCAGUUAUCUUAUCCACUGCUUGACUGCUCUCAGCCAGAAGACAUACUCCACUGGGCUGGAACGGACCAUCCUCGGGGCUGGACCAGUGCUAGAGGCCUUUGGCAAUGCUAGGACUGCAGUGAAUAACAACUCAAGCCGCUUUGGGAAGUUCAUCCAGCUCAACUAUCUGGAGAGCGGUGUCAUCAGAGGGGCAGUACUUGAGAAGUACCUACUAGAAAAGUGCCGCCUGGUGUCCAGAGAUAAGAGUGAGAGGAACUACCACGUGUUCUACUAUCUGCUGGUGGGAGCGUCCAAAGAAGAGCAGGAGGAGUUUCAUCUAUUAAAGCCGCAAGAUUAUCUCUACCUCAAGCAGGAAGACUUCCGCUUAGAUGAUGAGGAGAAACUUAAGCAAGAGUACAAGAGGCUCCAUCAAGCUAUGGAGAUGGUCGGGUUCCUGGCCUCCACCAAGAAACACAUAUUUUCCAUCCUCUCUGCCAUCCUGCACCUGGGCAAUGUGACCUACACACUGUCAAAGAACACUGAAGUCCUGGAGGUUGGACCUGCUGAAGUUUUGUCUACACUGUCUGACCUGCUCAAAGUGAAAAAGGAGCUACUGGUGAAGACUUUGACCCAGAGGAGAGUAGUGACUACCAGCGACAACUGGGUUUCACAGUACACACUACAAGAGGCCUACAGGGCACGGGACUCCAUGGCCAAGUCUUUAUACAGCGCUCUGUUUGACUGGAUCACCCUUCACAUCAACCAUGCAAUGCUCAAUAGACGAGACAUGGAGGAGUCCGUCUCUUGUUUGUCCAUUGGUGUCCUGGAUAUGUUUGGAUUUGAGAACCUCCAGACAAACAGCUUUGAGCAGCUGUGCAUCAACUACACCAAUGAGAAACUGCAGUUUUACAUCAACCAGCACAUCUUCAAGUGUGAGCAAGAAGAUUAUGCGUCAGAAGGCAUCACCUGGAAAAACAUCACAUACACUGACAACAGUGGCAGCAUUCAGCUGAUCAGCAUGAAGUCAUCCGGACUCUUUGAUCUGCUGGAUAAGGAGAGCAGCCUCACUCAGGCCACAGAUAAAACCCUGUUGGACAAGUUGAAGCACCAGCAUCAAGACAACCCAUUCUUUGUACCCUCUUCAAAUACAGAGCUGACUUUUGUCAUACAACACUUUGCUGGAAGGGUUAAAUAUCACAUCAAGGAUUUCCAGCAGAAAAACACAGAGCACAUGCGUCCUGAAGUCGUAUCACUUCUGCGGAGCAGUAAUCGGGCGUUCCUGCAUCACUUGGUUGCAUCCAGUCCAGAAGCGCAGUUCAGAUGGGGAGUCCUCCGAGCCACCAUUCGCCUCCUUACAGUAUUCAAGAAACUGGGACGUCAGCGGGCAGAAUUGAUAGCUUCCAGAAAAAGCUCCUGCAAGUCCUUCAAAGGCAUGACACGGCACAGCAGUGCUAUGACCAGACUGAACAGCAGCACUCUGGAUUUCUCCUUCGAUCGCUCUGAUGAAAUUCCUCUUGAUGUAUUUGAAGACAUCUUUGCCAAUUAUGAAGAUAGAAAGAAAAGUAAAGGCGGUCGAGAGAAACAGCUCAUUCCAAAGAAGCUCAUGGAUUUGCCCUCACUCCAACAUGUGGUUCGUCUCACCGCGCAUGACCGAACCAGCAAAUUCAUCUUCCAUCCUCAUCGGAAGACAAAGCCCCCUACAGUCAGCACUCAGUUUCAGGCCUCGCUCAGACAGCUGAUGGAGACAAUAGAAAAGGCUGAGCCACUCUUUAUUUUCUGUGUUCGUUCCAACGCUGAAAAGAAGGAGCUACACUUUGAUGAUGAACUUGUGCUAAAGCAAAUCAAGUACACAGGCUUAGUGCAGAUGGUUCACAUCCAGAAGUCUGGCUACAGUGCCAAAUACACAUUUAAGGAAUUUGUUGAGAAGUUCAGAAUGUUGCUUCCAAAAGGAGCUACAGCAUCGGCAGAGCACAUAACUGAACUGUUUGAGAGGAUGGAGCUGAAUAAAACCACCUAUCAAAUAGGAAAAACCAAGGUGUUCCUCAAGGAGAAGGAGAGGCAACUGCUCCAAGACACUCUUAACAAAGAAGUUAUGCGUCACAUCAUCAACCUGCAGCGCUGGAUCCGUGUCUAUCUGUUAAGGUUGCACUUCCUGCAAAAGAGAGAUGCCACUAUGAUUAUACAGAGGAGCUGGCGUGGGUUUUAUGAGAACCAGAACCGAGCUGCUACAGUGAUCCAGACAGCAUGGAGGAGUUCCCUGAAAUCAAAGCACCAACAUGAGGAUGACGAGAAGACGUCCACACCUCAGCCUGGACGGGACAGCUUCACAAACAAAGAGCUAAAGAGGCAGCACAGCAUGGAGCUCAGCCCCUGCAGGGGCCAGUCUUCGCAGAGGGUCAGGAGCAGGGAGAAGCCUCACACUUACAACAGACCCCUCUCGCUCCCACUUGACACUAAAGUUGGCGUUGAUCAUCGCUCCACCAGCCCCUCUAAGGCCAUCCUACUUCAGCGCUAUAAAGAUAUGGGGGGCAUCAAGGAGAAGGCCGAGAGGUGGAAGGAAAGACACAGUGAUGACUCAAGUCCAGAAUUACGGCGGCGAGACAAUACGAAAGAUGAGUUUCGGCUCAGAGGGAAGUCCAAGUCGGCUGAUGACCUGUUCAAAUUCAGCUCUUCAGAAUCUGAUAGCUCACCCUCUACCAAGCAGAUACCAGCAGAACUUGAUGGGUCAAGGUUCAGCCUUCCACCAAGGAGUACCAAUGAGGACUCAAGACAAUGGGCAUCUAACCAAUCACAACCCACAACUCCUGAUAGGGUUUGGUUUCUUGGCAAAUUCCUGAGAAAGCGAGCACCUAAAUAUUCCCAGAACAAUGACUCUCCGUCCGAUAAAACCGUCAACUUGCCCAGCUACACUCCACAUCCCUACCACAUGCCAAAUAAGAACAGUGAGAGGGUCGAACGAAACCCGACCAUUCGAAUUAGCCGGGCCACACGGGUGACGGAGUGGAAUGUGUCUUUGGACCGUGAGAUCACCGACCCCAAAGAGCUGCGAAACCUGGACGAGUUCCUCGGCAAUCAGGUGAAUGAGCUGCGAACUAGAAUCAAAGAGCUGUCACCAACAGAGAGCAUCUUCCUCUCAGCCACCAUGCAGUUCAGAGAGACCAUCAAAGGCAUGUACUCUGUCCAGAAGCCCCAAAUCAGCUACAAAGAUCUGAUGAUGGGCUACCACAACAAAGUGAACACACUAGCAGGAUCCAAGCAGAAGGAAGAAGUCUCGCUGGUGGUCAAUUUGUUUCAGUCUAUGCUGGACGGCUUUGUUAGGGGCGAGAUAAAACGAGUGGAAACUGAACCAGCCAAGGCCUCCAAGGUGACGAAGAAGAGGCGGAAAAACGACACCUGUCUUAAUAGUCCUCUGGAUCACCUGUUCAGCACAUACCAGGUGAACAUCAUGCAGUCAUGUGACUUGUGUUGCUCCUACAUCUGGGGAAUGGAGAAGGCCUACAUGUGCAAUGCUUGCAAGUUUAUAUGCCACAAGAAAUGCCUGAACAAAAUCAUGACAGGUUGCUCGAAGAGGUGUGCCAAGCAGGACGACCAUGGAGCAGGCUCUGUUCACUUUGGGGUGCAGGUGUGUAUCCUUACCAGUAAAACCCACCCUGUGCCCAAAGUGGUAGAAAUGUUGCUGAUGCAUGUGGAGCUGAACGGCCUCUACACAGAGGGUAUUUACCGCAAGUCGGGCUCAGCCUGUCGAGCGAGGGAGCUCCACCAGCUUCUGGAGACUGAUCCUGAGGCAACAUGUUUAGAGAACUUCCCCAUCCACACCGUCACAGGUCUGGUUAAACGUUGGCUCAGAGAGCUGCCAGAACCCCUCAUGACUUUUUCCCUCUACAGCGACUUUCUACAUGCCACAGAGCUGCCAGAAAGCACUGAGAGAAUUAGGGCUGUAUACACAAAGGUUGAUGAACUUCCUUCCGCUAAUUAUAACACGUUAGAGCGGCUCAUCUUUCACCUUGUCAGGGUUGCAAAGGAGGAAGAGCACAAUAAGAUGUCACCAAGCUCUCUCGCCAUUGUGUUUGCCCCCUGCAUCCUGCGUUCACCUGAUGUCAAUGACCCCUUCCUUGGUAUGAAUGAUGUGUCCAAGACUACACUGUGUGUGGAGAUCCUGAUCACUGAGCAGUUCAGACGCUACAAUGAGAAGAUGCAGAAUAUCCAGGAGCUGGAAUACGCAGAGGCCAUGGCUGUAAAUCAGCUCAGACUAAGGAGACAAAACACGGUUGUUGAAAAGCCUUCACAGCUGGAAGUUCCAGAGCAAAUGCAUUUGGAUGAAACAGAGACAACCCUCAUAAAUAGGAUCAAGUCUAUCAAGCAAGAAAAGGUGGACUUGGCCUGCAGGUUAACUGAUUUGGAACAGGAGAACUCUGACAAUGACAACCUGGACUCGUUGUCAUCAAUGAGCAUGGAGAGCCUGGAGAGCCUUGACUUCGAAGGAAAGGUGACCAUGCAAAUGAAAACCCAGAUACCUGACUGUCCUCCCCAACCUCCGGACCUGGCGCAGAGAGUCAGAAGUCUAAUGGCUGAAACAGAUGAUAAACCAAGGGAGUUCGCAUCAGGACAAAAGACAGAUGUUACCCAAAGCAUGUGUUUCCUUCAAAGCCAAGACAACUCCUCAGCCAUCAAGCCCCAGGUCACCAGUAAGACUUUAAAUGGGAGCUUUGACAACAUGGAUAUCCCUUACAUCGAUGAUGAUGAAGAUGUAAGAUGAGCAUAACACCAAAAGUUGUAAUAAUUGGACUAUUCUCAAGUAUGUAUUGACAUUUGUUAUGUUAAGACUUGUGUGAAAAGUAACUGUGUGCCUAGUUUUAUAGAAAUGUUCAUUUGUCAAUGCUGCUAUGGAAACAAAGUGCUUUGAGAAUUUAUAUGUAUGUAAUGGGAGAUCAUACGGAGAUCAUACGGCGAUACAGAUCUGGAGAAGACCUAACAGCAAGGACUAGUUGACUUAUUUAUACCAAUACACACUGUAUGAGAUUUUAAACAUAUUUCAGAAUUGUAGAGCACAUAUUUUUAAAAAAGGUAGGUAUUGUGGACCAGCUCUGUGAAGCCGUCAACAGCUGUGUUUAGAAAACAGGACAUGAGGAGGAUGUGGGGAAAAAAGAUGUCUUGCAAGUGUACCAAGUGAUUCUCUAUUGUACAGUGUGACAUUGUAUUGUUGUGCAUCUGAAACAUUUCAGUUGUCUGCUUUUCAUUUUCCUCUGGUAUAUACCGCUGUGACUAACCACUAAUUCAGUAUAAUUUCAAAGGAAAAUGGUCAUAUAGCUGCCUUAUAGACUGACUGAAAAUACUUCCCUCUGUCACUUUUGUUGGUAUUGCAAGGCUGUGCAGUUUCACCAAGUAAACGUUUUGAAAGUGCAUUGUUUUGGUUUUGUUAAAAUAUGCAUGGUUGUAGAUUUAUAAGUGGUAGGAAUAAUGCGUAUUGGGUUGAGCAUCCUUCAAGUUUGACUUUUGUCACCAAUUGAAAUAAAUGGACUUUAACAAAUAA